CGUCCCAACUCGGGAGCGCCGCCGAACGGUCGCCAGGAUUUUCCCCUCUCGGCCAAAAUGGAGGAGGUUUGUCGCUCAUUGAGGGGAUCGGAUAUUGCGGAUUGGCUUCAAUGAAAGUCGCCAGGAUUCGCAUUCGUUGAUCGGUUCCGACUUGAAGCAAUACAGACAACCGAAGGAUACCUAAAGCCGUUUCCGCCCGAGAGACCGCAGACAUGAGCGCAGGAGAGGGGCUAGAUGAGGCUGCAAAGGACGCGGCAGACAUAGCGGCGUUUUUCAAAUCGGACUGCUCUCUUCCAAAAUCUGAAUCCAAACUGGAUGGCCCUGGUCAAACCUCAGGGUUUCAUCGCAAUGAGGAUAUGAAGGCGAUUGAUGUGCUUCCUAUCCUCAAGGAGAAAGUUGCCUUUCUCUCAGGUGGCAGAGACAGACGUGGAGGUCCAAUUCUCACUUUUCCAGCACGGAGCAACCACGACCGAAUAAGACCUGAUGACCUCCGCAGACUUGUAGCGUACCUGGCUACUAUUCCAAAUGAGGAGGUGGCCCGACAUGGCUUCACUGUCAUUGUGGACAUGCGUGGCUCCAAGUGGGACAGCAUCAAACCGCUGCUGAAGAUCCUGCAGGAAUCUUUCCCGUCUUGCAUCCACGUUGCCCUCAUCAUCAAGCCAGACAACUUCUGGCAGAAGCAGAGGACCAACUUUGGCAGCUCCAAGUUUGAAUUUGAGACAGUGAUGGUGUCCUUGGAGGGUUUGACCAAGAUUGUUGACCCUUCCCAGCUCACGGCUGACUUUGACGGCAGCUUAGAGUACAACCAUGAUGACUGGAUUGAGGUGCGCCUCUCCUUCGAGACUUUUGCCAGUGACGCAGCGCGAGCGCUGGCACGCCUCGAAGAGCUUCAGGAAACCUUGUCCCAGCGCGAUCUCCCACGGGACCUGGAGGGGGCUCGGCGGCUCAUGGAGGAGCACGCUGCGCUGAAGAAGAGGGCUACAAAGGCGUCGAUAGAGGAGCUUGAUACGCAGGGCCGAAGACUGCUCCAGAGGCUACAGCUACAGACUACAGGGAUUGGGGGAGGCAGCGAAGGGGGUUACAGUAACCGCGGCGUUGGUGCCAGCGGAGACUCCAACGACCACCAUCAUGGUCUUCACGCGCACGCAGACGCACACAAUCUGGUUGCUAAAGUGACGGCGUUGUUGGACAAGCUCCACGGGACGCGGCAGAAUCUGCAGCAGCUGUGGCACAUGAGGAAGCUGAAACUGGACCAGUGUUUCCAGUUGCGGCUCUUUGAGCAGGAUGCUGAGAAGAUGUUUGAUUGGAUCAUGCACAACAAGGGGCUUUUUCUGACCAGCUACACCGAGAUUGGAGGGAACCACCAGCAUGCUGUGGAGCUGCAGACACAGCACAACCACUUUGCUAUGAAUUGCAUGAAUGUGUACGUGAACAUCAACCGGAUCAUGUCGGUUGGAAAUCGGCUCCUGGAGUCGGGUCACUACGCCUCCCAGCAGAUCCAGCAGAUCUCAGGCCAGUUGGAGCAGGAGUGGAAAGCUUUUGCAGCAGCGCUGGAUGAACGCAGCACUCUGCUGGAGAUGUCUGCCAGCUUCCACCAGAAAGCUGAUCAGUACAUGAGCAAGGUGGAGCCAUGGUGUAAAGCGUGCGGAGAAGGAGAACUGCCCUCUGAGCUGCAGGAUCUAGAAGAUACGAUCCACCAUCACCAGGGGCUGUAUGAACACAUCACCACUGCAUACUCAGAGGUGAGCCAGGAUGGCAAGGCCUUACUGGACAAGCUGCAGCGACCUUUGACUCCGGGAAGUGCUGAUUCGCUGAUGGCGUCGGCGAACUACUCGAAGGCGGUGCACCACGUCCUGGACAUCAUCCACGAGGUGCUGCAUCACCAGAGGCAGCUCGAAAACAUCUGGCAGCAUCGCAAAGUUCGCCUGCACCAGCGCCUGCAGCUGUGUGUCUUUCAGCAGGACGUGCAGCAAGUGCUGGACUGGAUAGAAAACCAUGGCGAGGCCUUCCUCAGCAAACAUACUGGUGUUGGAAAGUCUUUGCACAGAGCCAGGGCAUUGCAAAAGAGGCAUGAAGACUUUGAAGAGGUUGCACAGAACACCUACACCAAUGCUGACAAGCUGCUGGAGGCAGCAGAGCAGCUGGCCCAGACUGGAGAGUGUGACCCAGAGGAAAUCUACCAGGCUGCCCACCAACUAGAGGAUCGCAUCCAGGACUUUGUGCGGCGUGUCGAACAGCGUAAAGUCCUGCUGGACAUGUCUGUUGCAUUUCACACUCAUGUCAAAGAGCUGUGGACAUGGUUGGAGGAGCUUCAGAAAGAACUGCUGGAUGAUGUGUAUGCUGAGUCAGUGGAAGCAGUGCAGGACCUGAUCAAGCGAUUCGGCCAGCAGCAGCAGACCACCCUGCAGGCGACAGUCAAUGUUAUCAAGGAGGGUGAGGACCUCAUACAGCAGCUCAGAGACUCCGCUAUCUCAAGCAACAAGACCCCUCACAACAGCUCCAUGGCCCACAUUGAGAGUGUCCUGCAGCAGCUGGAUGAGGCCCAGGGUCAGAUGGAGGAGCUGUUCCAGGAAAGGAAGAUCAAACUGGAACUCUUCCUGCAGCUCCGCAUUUUCGAGAGGGACGCAAUAGACAUCAUCUCAGAUCUGGAGUCAUGGAAUGAGGAACUGUCCAAGCAGAUGAAUGACUUUGACACAGAGGACCUGACCCUGGCUGAGCAGAGGCUUCAGCACCAUGCAGAUAAAGCACUUACCAUGAACAACCUCACCUUUGACGUCAUCCACCAGGGGCAAGAGCUGCUGCAGUAUGUCACAGAGGUCCAGACAUCGGGUGUGGAGCUGCUGUGUGAUAGAGAUGUGGACAUGGCAACGCGGGUUCAGGACCUGUUAGAGUUCCUUCAUGAGAAGCAGCAGGAGCUGGACCUGGCUGCAGAGCAGCACAGGAGACACUUGGAGCAGUGUGUCCAGUUACGACAUCUUCAAGCCGAAGUCAAACAGGUUUUAGGUUGGAUCCGUAAUGGGGAAUCAAUGCUCAAUGCCGGCCUCAUCACAGCCAGUUCACUACAAGAAGCUGAGCAGCUGCAGAAAGAACAUGAACAAUUUCAACAUGCAAUUGAGAAAACCCACCAGAGUGCACUGCAGGUGCAGCAGAAGGCAGAGGCGCUUCUUCAGGCAAACCACUACGACAUGGACAUGAUCAGAGACUGUGCAGAAAAGGUGGCGGAUCACUGGCAGCAGCUGAUGCUUAAGAUGGAGGACAGGCUGAAACUGGUUAAUGCAUCUGUGGCUUUCUACAAAACAUCUGAACAGGUGUGCAGUGUUUUGGAAAGCCUCGAGCAGGAGUACAAGCGAGAGGAGGAUUGGUGCGGCGGUGCUGAUAAACUGGGCCCAAACAGUGAGACGGAUCAUGUCACCCCUAUGGUCAGCAAACAUCUGGAGCAGAAAGAGGCUUUUCUCAAAGCCUGUACGUUAGCCAGACGUAAUGCCGAUGUGUUCUUGAAGUACCUGCACAGAAACAGUGUCAACAUGCCUGGCAUGCUGUCCCACGUAAAAGCUCCAGAGACUCAAGUCAAAAAUAUCUUGAAUGAGUUGCUGCAGAGAGAGAACAGAGUCCUCCACUUCUGGACCAUGAGGAAGAGGAGGCUGGACCAGUGCCAGCAAUAUGUGGUGUUUGAAAGAAGCGCCAAGCAGGCCCUGGAGUGGAUCCAUGACACCGGGGAGUUCUACCUGUCCACGCACACGUCCACUGGGUCGAGCAUUCACCACACGCAGGAGCUGCUGAAAGAGCACGAAGACUUCCAGAUCACAGCAAAGCAAACCAAAGAGCGGGUGAAGCUGUUGAUCCAGCUGGCGGAUGGGUUUUGUGACAAGGGCCACGCCCAUGCCCUGGAGAUAAAGAAAUGGGUGUCCUCCGUGGACAAGCGCUACAGGGACUUCUCUCUCCGCAUGGACAAAUAUCGAACCAGCCUGGAAACGGCACUUGGCAUCUCUUCCGAUUCAAACAAGGCUAGCAAAGAGCUGCAACUGGACAUCAUCCCAGCUACCGCUCCGGGGUCAGAGAUCAAGCUAAGAGACGCUGCCCAUGAACUCAAUGAGGAAAAGAGAAAAUCAGCACGAAGAAAAGAAUUUAUAAUGGCAGAACUGAUCCAAACAGAGAAAGCGUAUGUCAGAGACCUACGUGAAUGUAUGGAUACGUACCUGUGGGAAAUGACCAGUGGUGUUGAGGAGAUUCCUCCUGGCAUUGUCAAUAAGGAACACAUCAUCUUUGGGAACAUGCAGGACCUCUACGAGUUUCAUCACAAUAUUUUCUUGAAGGAGCUGGAGAAGUAUGAGCAGCUUCCAGAGGAUGUGGGUCAUUGUUUUGUGACCUGGGCUGACAAAUUCCAGAUGUAUGUGAACUACUGCAAGAACAAACCUGACUCUACUCAGCUCAUCCUGGAACAUGCUGGACCCUACUUUGACGAAAUUCAACAAAGACAUCGCCUUGCCAACUCCAUCUCUUCUUACCUCAUCAAGCCCGUUCAACGAAUCACAAAAUACCAAUUACUCCUGAAGGAGUUGUUGACAUGCUGUGAAGAGGGGAAAGGUGAAAUCAAGGAUGGCCUUGAAGUGAUGCUCAGCGUUCCAAAGAGAGCCAAUGAUGCCAUGCACCUCUCUAUGCUGGAAGGGUUUGACGGGAACAUAGACUCCCAGGGGGAGCUGAUACUCCAGGAGUCCUUCCAGGUGUGGGAUCCCAAGACUCUCUUCCGGAAAGGCCGUGAUAGACAUCUGUUUCUCUUUGAGAUGUCCCUGGUCUUUAGCAAGGAAGUGAAAGACUCGAACGGCCGCAGUAAAUACCUCUACAAGAGCAAGCUCUUUACAUCAGAGCUUGGAGUGACAGAACAUGUGGAGGGGGAUCCUUGUAAGUUUGCCUUGUGGCUGGGCAGGACGCCAACCUCAGACAACAAGAUUGUCCUCAAGGCAUCAAGUAUAGAGAACAAGCAGGACUGGAUCAAGCACAUCAGGGAAGUAAUCCAGGAGAGAACUGUCCUCCUACGCGGAGCUCUGAAGGAGCCCAUUCACGUCCCUAAAGCCACUACUGCUAAACACAAAGGCAGGCGGGAUGGAGAGGAUCUAGACAGCCAGGGAGAUGCUAGCAGCCAACCAGAUACCAUCUCUAUCGCCUCCCGGACAUCCCAGAACACACUGGACAGUGACAAGCUUUCUGGUGGCUGCGAACUGACGGUGGUGAUCCAUGACUUUGUGGCCAGUAAUGGCAGCAGCAACGGGGAGCUUACCGUACGCCGAGGCCAGACUGUGGAGGUUCUGGAGCGACUUCAUGACAAACCAGACUGGUGCUUGGUCAGGACCACAGACCGCUCUCCUGCCCAGGAGGGAAUCGUACCCUGCUCCAUCCUCUGCAUUGCACACUCCCGGUCCUCCAUGGAAAUGGAGGGGCUAUUCAACCAUAAAGACACAUUGUCUGUAUCCAGCAAUGACGCCUUGCAGCCUGGGUCCAGCCACACUUUCGGACCCCAUAGCUCUCCUGGCCCCAAACGUCCGGGGAACACCUUAAGAAAGUGGCUUACCAGCCCGGUGCGAAGGCUGAGCUCCGGGAAAGCUGACGGGCACGUGAAGAAACUCGCCCACAAGCAUAAGAAAAAUCGCGAUGGCACGAGAAAGAACAUGGAUGCAAUACCUGGCUCGCAGAAAGACUCUGACGACAGUGCCGCCACGCCACAGGAUGAGACCCUGGAGGAGGUAAGAACAGAUGCUGUGAAACUGUCAAAACACCUGGCAGAAAACAGAGUCUCCCAUUUGUUCAAUCUCUUUCUUCAGCGGAUGCGUAACGAAGGGCUGAGCAGUGGCACCCUUUCCAAGUCUUCCUCAUCAGGUAUGCAGAGCUGUGGCGAGGAGGAAGGAGAGGAGGGGGCCGACGCUGUCCCUCUACCGCCCCCUAUGGCAAUCCAGCAGCAUAGCUUACUGCAGCCUGACUCCCAAGAUGAUAAGUCUACGUCUCGGCUGUCUGCUCGUCCCAGCAGUUCGGAGACACCGAGUGCCGCAGAGUUGGUCAGUGCCAUCGAGGAGCUGGUGAAGAGCAAGAUGUCUCUGGAGGACCGUCCCAGUUCUCUGUCAGUGGAGCAAGGCGACAGCACCUCACCCUCUCUCAACCCCUCCGAUAACUCUCUGCUCUCCUCCUCCUCCCCCAUCGACGAGAUGGACGAGCGAAAAACCAACUUCCUCAAAAGGAGACACUAUGUGCUUCUGGAGUUGGUGGAGACUGAGAGAGACUAUGUCAGAGACCUGGGCUCUGUAGUGGAGGGCUACAUGAGCAGGAUGAAAGAGGAAGGAGUUCCGGAUGACAUGAGGGGGAAAGAUAAGAUGGUCUUUGGAAACAUCCAUCAGAUCUAUGACUGGCACAAAGAUUUUUUCCUGGGAGAGCUUGAAAAGUGCUUGGAGGAUCCUGAACGGCUAGCUCCUUUAUUUGUCAAACAGGAGCGGAGGCUGCACAUGUAUAUUGUGUACUGUCAGAACAAGCCUAAAUCUGAGCACAUUGUGUCAGAGUACAUUGACACUUACUUUGAGGACCUUAAGCAGCGAUUGGGUCACAGAUUACAGAUCACAGACCUGCUAAUCAAACCAGUUCAACGGAUUAUGAAGUACCAGCUACUACUGAAGGAUCUUCUCAAAGUUUCCAAAAAAGCAGGAGCGGAUACGACAGAGCUGGAGAAAGCUGUAGAAGUGAUGUGUGUGGUCCCAAAACGCUGCAAUGACAUGAUGAAUGUUGGACGCCUUCAGGGUUUCGAUGGUAAAAUUGUAGCUCAGGGCAAACUGCUCCUGCAGGACACCUUCAUGGUCUCAGACCAAGAUGGAGGCCUCCUGUCCAGAAUGAAAGAGAGGCGAGUGUUUCUGUUUGAGCAGAUAGUUAUAUUCAGUGAGCCUCUGGACAAAAAGAAGGGCUUCUCUACUCCAGGCUACCUCUUCAAAAAUAGCAUCAAGGUGAGCUGCUUGGGUUUGGAGGAAAAUUCAGACGACCCCUGUAAGUUUACGCUGAUCUCCAGAUCAUCCAGCGGUAACCUGGAAAGGUUCACCCUCCACUCCUCCAGCCCUGGGGUCAGUCAGGCCUGGGUCCACCAGGUCAGCCAGAUUCUGGAGAACCAGCGCAAUUUCCUCAAUGCUUUAACGUCCCCCAUAGAGUACCAGAGGAACCACGUGGGAGGUGGAGGACCCCCCAGCAGUAGCAGCAGCAGCAGCACAGGAGGUAGCAGCACCAACAGCACCUCCAGCAUGGGUGGAGGAGGAGGAGGAGGAGGUGGUGGCUCUGGAGGAUCAGGGGGCAACUCCUCCUCCUUGUGCGGCCCUCGCUCCCGCCCGUCUCGUAUCCCACAGCCAUCCUCACGGCUCCCCCAGCCCGUUCACCACCACCACCCCCCGGGCCCCGAGGGGCCUGACAGAUCAGCAGGUAUGUGGUCCCCCAGCCAACCGUCCCUUCCCUCUUACCCGUAUUCAGACAGCCCAACUAAUGGAGAGCUGCUAGCCUCUGAGGUCUUCACUCUGAAGAGGUUGGACAUUUCGCCAGGGAGUAACUAUAAUAACAGUAACAGGCUGGCAGAUAACACGGACGGGGCUCUGAAACAGACUUUUGGAGUCUACGAAGAAACCCAGACUCAUCAAAAAACUGCAGUGCCACAGAUGCCAGUGGCUCCUUUGAGUUUUUCCCUCAGAAGCCCUCGAGUUGGGACAGUUUCCCCGCUUAUAUCCCCUCAAACCCUUGGAGGAGGAAAGGAACCGUUCAUCCCUUCAAGCCCGGCACAUAAAGGGAAUCCUUUCUGGGCUGUCGUUCCCCCUAUGCCUCCCUCUCCAGCCGGCAGGCCCGGUUCCUUCUCCUUCCCCAGUGACAAUAGCAGUGGAGGGGACUCGCUGGGCAGAGGAAUGCCGCCUUUUCUCCGCAACUCCAGCCACAGUAAGGAAACAGACAGAAUGAGCACCUGCUCCUCCACCAGUGAGCAGUCGGUAACAUCUACCCAGAGCAAUGGGCAGAGUGAAAGCAGUAGCAGCAGCAGCAGUGUGUCCACCAUGUUGGUGACCCAGGACUACGUGGCGGUGAAGGAGGAUGAGAUCAGCGUGGUGCAGGGUGAGGUGGUCCAAAUGCUCGCCAGCAACCAGCAGAACAUGUUCUUGGUGUACCGGGCCGCCAACGAGCACUCCCCUGCGGCAGAAGGCUGGAUCCCUGGCUAUGUGUUGGGACAUACCUCAUCCUCCACCACACCCGACCUCCCUGAAGGAACCAUUAAAAAAUCACUGUCAUGGCACACUGCUCUGCGUAUCCGUCGAAAGUCUGAAAAAAGAGAUAAAGAUGGCAGAAAAUUGGAAAACGGCUACCGCAAGUCCCAGGACGGCCUGGCUAACAAGGUCUCUGUCAAGCUUCUGAAUCCAAACUUCAUCUAUGAUGCCCCCCCGGAGUUCCUCAUCCCUCUCAGCGACGCGUCAUGUGAGAGUGGCGACAGCGUCACCCUGAGGUGUAAGGUGUGUGGCCGACCUCGCGCCACUGUCUCAUGGCGUGGACCUGACAAUAGCAUUCUAAGCAACAACGGACACUACAGCGUCACAUACAGUGAAACAGGAGAGGCGUCCCUGCAUGUCCUGCGAGUGUCUCUCGAGGACAGCGGCGUCUACACGUGUGUGGCCACGAACGUAGCAGGCACCGUUACCUCCUCCGCUGGCCUCACGGUGUCAGCUCCUAAUAACGGUAGUGAAGACAUCUGGAAAAGUAGUUUUGAGUCUUACUUCACAGAGAUCACUGAGCUUGGAAGGGGGCGAUUCUCAGUGACCAAGCGGUGUGACCAGAGAGGUAGUAAGCGCACCAUUGCGGCAAAACACGUCAACAAGAAGCUGCUGUGUCGAGAGCAGGUGCUGCAGGAGAUCCGACUCCUCCAGACUCUGGACCAUCCAAACCUGGUCAGACUGCUGGACACCUAUGAGACAGCCCACAGCUACGUCCUGGUACUGGAGAUGGCUGACCAGGGUCGCUUCCUGGAUUACAUCGUGAGCUGGGGAAACCUGACUGAGGAGAAGGUAGCUUUAUACCUCCGAGAUAUCCUCGAAGCUCUCCAGUACUUGCACGGCUGGAAGGUAGCACACCUUGAUCUCAAACCUGAAAACAUCGUGGUGGAGCAGGUGUGCUCCCAGCCUGUGAUCAAGCUGACUGAUUUUGGUGACGCUGUUCAACUGGACCCUCAUUCGUCUCACAUCCAUCCUCUGCUGGGGAGCCCGGAGUUCUCUGCACCUGAGCUGGUCCUGGGUCAGCCUGUUUCUCUGACAUCUGACCUCUGGAGCUUAGGCGUGGUGACCUACGUUCUCCUGAGCGGCGCCUCUCCCUUCCUGGACGAAAGCCUCGAGGAGACGUGUUUGAACAUCUGUCGGCUGGACUUCAGUUUCCCCGAGGACUACUUCCAGGGUGUGAGCACAGAAGCCAAGGACUUUGUCUGCCUGCUGCUCCAGGGCGAGCUGGAGCGACGGCCCUCUGCUGGGUUCUGCCUGCAGUACCCGUGGCUCCAGCCCCAAGGCGUAGCCAGCGGCGGGUACGGUCACGUGAAUCACACACAGCCUCCGUCGCCGAGUCACUACGGCACACAUCUAGACACCUCCAGGCUCAUCUCCUUCAUCGAGCGCCGGAAACACCAGAACGACGUCCGGCCCGUCGGCGCCAUUCAGGCCUUCCUCCACAGCCGACUUUACAACCACACCUGACAGAACGGUCAAAUUUGAUAGAGGACCACCAGGGGGGCCAGUCCACUAUGAACUUUUUCUCCUUCAUUAAGCCACAGAAGUGCUGCUGCUGCUGCUGCUGACUGACUGACUGAUCCACAGCCUAUUCUUACCUUGGCAUAUUUUCACUAUGCCGGCACAACAAAUGACCUGACGGAAUCGAUUUGAGAUUUCAAACUUUGACUCAGCAGGGAGAAAAAAAAGGAAUAGAAAGAAACAAUCUCUCUGAACAAGCUGACAGACGAGUGAAUCUCACAUUUGGACAGUGUUAAAGAAAAUAGAGUACUGUAUAUUACGAACAAUUCAGGCUGCUUUCGGUUAAACUAAAGAGGACUUUUUUGUAACGAGAGAUUACUUUUUGUAAAUGAAAUUGUGUACAGUCGGGAAAAUGGAGAACUGUCUUAAUUCGGCGGUUUUUGGAAAACAAAAAGCAAGAAGAGGAAUGCGACGUGAAGGUCUCGUCGGUUCUGACGCAAGAUAGAAACUACCAAAAUCCUGUUUUCCAGAGAUACGUUAAAGCUACCGUUUGUGCAAUAGUUUUUGCUUAUCUUUAUCACCCCGAUUCAUUUCAGCCAGUCUUUUCAGAUUGUAACUUAGACCGGAACACAACUUGAACAAGUGUUAAAUAAAAAGCAUAGUCAGCUAAGCUUUCCCAGAUCUCCAGCUGCAUCCGCCUUAGUUGUAAAUAAUCUUUUUCCUGCUUUACAAAGUUGUCCCUUUUUGUCCCCACACAGUCCCUCAAGAGUUUAUCUCAAACGAAUUUACAAAAAAACAAACAAACAUAAAAAAAAUAAAAAAAAUGCUAUUUUGUGUGCAGAGCUGUAGUGAGUCUUUGCAGGACUCUAAAUGGUGGCUGGAUCCUCAUGUUGAACAGAGACAGCUGCUAGGAAAUGCACUCGUUGUUCUGCAUCAGUUCUCAUGUGCAAUGUUGCAGCUUUACCAUGUAUGCAACUAUUUAUGAAGACUUGUGUUGUAGCCGUAUUCUUAAAAAAAAAAAGGCAUGUGUGUACCUGGUACUGCAAUAGAUGUCUGUAUUGUGUUAACUCUUAUGUAUUAAGUUCAGUAUUAAUAUCUGCAAAACUUCCUAGACAAAACGAGGGAAUUCAGAAGUAAUGUAUAGAGACAUGUAUCUAUGAAAUACGGACACUUAUGCUUUCAUUUUGUCCUUGUAAUGUUUUCCUUUUUUUUUAUUAUUGUUAUUUUCUGUAACUAUACCAAAGUUGGCUAAGCUUUCUUUCCCUGCAGUUUUAUGUCCUUUUUUAAUUUCAAAUUAUUCAUGUUAAGUUAUAUCGGUCCACACUGAAAUGUGAGUGUUUACAAAAGUUCGGUGUGGAUUUAUUUAUUCUUAAUGUAAAGAGGUAUUGUUUGGUGAUUUUUUUUUUAUUAUUAUUAUUUUUUUUGCUUUAAAUAGAUUCCACCUGUCUGAUUUCAAGCUGUGCACAGAGUAGUUUGCUGUGAGUUUGUUCUCUCCAGAGUAGCUAGUAGUAUUUCUUUCCCGUUCUCAAUAUUUAAUUUUUUAUUUUUUUUUGAUUUCCCAUUCAAACUAUAGAAGCACCUUUUUUUUUUUUUUUUUUUUUUU